CUCACUGCACACGCCGGCGACAGAAAUACUGCACAUCGUUUACUGCGACGUGAACAGUUGCCGUCGUCAUGGCCGCGCCGCAUGACGUGCACGGCGUCGACUCGUUCGCGCAGCUGCCGUUCAUACGCGGCGCCGCGCCUCCAACGCCGGCGAGGGACUCCACCAUCCGUCUCUUCGGUCGCGACUUCUCCAACGACCAGGCCCAGCUGCGCUACAAGGAGGACGCGGCCGGGGACGGGGACAGCGCUGCGCCCGAAGCGGGCGGGGAGAGGAAGUUCGAGUGCCACUACUGCUACCGCAACUUCCCGACAUCGCAGGCGCUGGGCGGCCACCAGAACGCGCACAAGCGGGAGCGGCAGCACGCGCGCAGGGUGCACCUCGAGGCCUCCUUCUUCGCCGCGCACUGCCGCGCCGCCUACCUGCCGGGCCACGUGUAUGGUCUGUUCGGCUACAGCGGCGGCCACCAGCAGGCCAUGCCCACGCUGCCACCGCACUACCAGGUAUGGGCAGGCGCCGUGCCGGGGAUGUACGGCGGCGUCGGAACCGUGGCGCGGCCUCCCGUGUACGGCGGCAUGGGGAUUCCGGGGAUGUGGAGGCCGUCGCCGGUGGGGAGUGGUGCUUUUGGCGCGGCCGGCCGGCGCGAGGGGGCAGACUCCAGGGGGCACGGAGGGAUGGCUGGCAAGGAUGAUAAGUUGGUGAUGAGCGUGGUGACGUCACUGUCGGAGUUGCCGUCGUGCUUGUCCGGCCAGUCACCGGAGGAGUUAGGGAGACCUGAGUUGGGACAGAAGGAUGGAGUCAUAAGCUUGGACCUCUGUUUGUAAUUUUCCUUCUUGUUUAGGUUACUUCUCAUCUCUUUUUCUUUCUUUCUUUAUUUCAUUUCCUCUUUCGAAGAGAGGGUUUUCGUAUGUUUCUUUAGCUAAAUUGCG